UUUCAGACAGAAACAUCAACUUCCUAAGACUUAUUCUUGCUUGCAAAUUAGGAUUAUUUGCUGCUUAUUAAUUUUAUUUAUAUUUAUUUGUUCUUUGUUUUUUGUCACCUAAAAGUCACUGAACAAAACAAGCAUGCUAUUGGAGCUAGCUAGUUCAUUUGCCAAUCGAUUUGCAACUAAAGGAUAUGGUAUUUUUGAAAAUGGUGAUGGGAGACUUCCCAUAAAUGACCGUGAUUUGGAGAAUCGACGUCAAAUCGAUGAAAUCUGUCGUCCUUUGAUGCUCAAUGAUGACAAUUUGAAGCAAGUGAUGAGUGAAUUGCUUAAAUCAAUGGAAAAAGGCCUGCAUCACAAAACUGCAUCACAGGCAGCAGUGAAAAUGUUGCCUUCCUUUGUACGCGCAGUGCCUGACGGUACUGAAAUUGGAGCUUUUCUCGCGCUUGAUCUUGGCGGCACCAACUUCCGUGUGUUGUUGAUUAAAUUGAAUAAACGAGAUGCCGAAAUGACUGGAACGAUCUUCCGUGUACCAGAAAAUAUAAUGCGUGGCACUGGCGAAGGGCUAUUCGAUCAUAUCGCUGAGUGCAUGGCUCGUUUCAUGGAAGAAAAAAAUGUUAAACAAGCUGGAAAGCUUCCUCUUGGUUUCACGUUUUCAUUUCCGUGUCGACAGGAGGAUCUGACAUGUGCGAAACUUAUCAAUUGGACCAAAGGUUUUAAUGCAAGUGACGUUGAGAAUAAGGAUGUCGUUACACUGCUACGUGAAGCAUGCCAACGUCGCAAGGAUAUUGAUAUCGAUGUGGUAGCUGUUCUAAACGAUACUGUUGGUACGUUGAUGGCUUGCGCAUUCAAAGAGAAUACAUGUCAAAUUGGUGUUAUCGUUGGUACAGGUACCAAUGCGUGCUAUAUGGAAAAAAUUAAAAAUUGCGAUAAAAUCAAGCAUUUGCUUUUAAAAGAUGAUGGAAUGCCAGAUGAGAUGAUCAUCAAUACGGAAUGGGGAGCAUUUGGAGAUGAUGGUGUGCUGGAAUUCCUGCGCACUAGUUUCGAUCGAGAAGUGGACGAGAAAUCGAUCAAUCCUGGCAAACAAUUAUUCGAAAAAAUGAUCUCGGGUAUGUACAUGGGCGAAAUUGUUCGUGUCAUUCUAGCUCACCUGGCACGCCGAAAUCUUCUUUUCAAUGGUGAUUACGAGGCCAUUUCAAAACCACAUUCAUUCCCGACUAAAUAUGUCUCCGAGGUUGAAAAAGAAAUUUUGGAAGAUGAAGAGCGAAAUUUCGCAAAAACAAUGCAGAUUUUGGAAGAAAUUGGAACCGAACAAGUAUCAGUCGCUGACUGCAUUAAUGUUGCAUACGUAUGCUCUCUUGUUAGUACACGAGCUGCAUACUUAUGUGCUGCUGGCAUAGCAACAUUGCUGAAUCGAAUGCAAAAACCAUACGUGACAGUUGGUGUUGACGGUUCCGUUUAUCGAUUUCAUCCUACCUUCCCGCGCUUGCUUGAUGAGAAAAUAGAGCAGCUGAUCGAUAAGAAAUUGAAGUAUCAGUUGAUGCUCUCAGAAGAUGGAAGCGGUCGUGGAGCAGCGCUAGUGGCAGCAGUUGCAACGCGAAUUAAAAAUAAAAGUUGUUCUCAAACAUCUGUUAAUUGAAUUUGUGCUGCAUGUUUUGCCAUAAUUUUUGCAAAUUAUGGGUAUUAAAGAAGAAUUUGUUUCGUCUUUUUUGUUUCUCUACAUAUUUGUUGAAUUUACGGUUAACUUAGCACUCAUUCAUUCGUGUCUCUUGUUUAUGCAUGUAUUUUUGGCCCGUAUUUGCAACCACGGCAAAAUUAAUAACAGCAGCGACGAUCAACUAUCAAACAAUGGUACUCUUUUUAUUAGCGAUGGUUUCAACUCUAUGUGUUGCAACUUGUAACAUUGAAACUGUAAUUUUCUCUUUCCAGAAAAUCACCUUAUUGGCAAUAGUUUUAAUUCUAAAAAAACGAUGCAUCCAUAAUCUUGACGUCAUCCAUAAUAACUAUAGCACCGACAUAUGGCUAUUGUAAAAGUUUUAGGAUAUUUUGAAA